UCUUCCUCUAUAGGCUCUCUGUUCCCAUCCAUUCUCCCCCGAUUCCCCAUUCCAUUCCAGCCAGCUGCCAUCCACCCCCGCCCCCGCCUCCGCCUCCGCCUCCGGCGAGAUCCCCGGCGGCCGAGAUCUCCCCGCCGCGGCGGCGCCGCCAUGGCCGCGCAGGCCCCCGAGGGCGAGGGGCCGGCCCCCGCCCGCCCAUCGCGCAUCCGCGUCAUGCGCCCGGAGGUGGAGGAGGUCCUCAAGAGCCCCCGCCGCGGCCGCGCCAAGCUGCACAAGGAGGGCGGCGGCGAGGAGGACGACGCCGGCGCGCGCCCGCGGUACGACUGCGCGUUCCAGGACGAGGAGGGGCAGCAGGGGUUCGCGCCGCCCGACGUGGUGUGGUGCAAGGUGCGGAGCCACCCCUGGUGGCCGGCCCAGGUCUUCGACGCCGCCGACGCCUCCGAGCUCGCGCUCCGGCACGCCAGGCCGGGGGUGCCCCUCGUCGCCUACUUCUGGGACCGGACUUUCGCCUGGAUGGACCCCCCCGCGCUGCGCCCCUUCCGCGCCCACUUCCCCCGCCUCGCCGCCCAGAGCACCGUCUCCAGCUACGUCGCCUCCGUCGACGCCGCCCUGCAGGAGGUCACCCGCCGCAUCGAGGCCGGCCUCUCCUGCACCUGCUCCCCGCCCGCCGUCGCCAGGAAGCAGCAGAUUCACAACUCCGGGAUCAGGGAAGGGGCCUACGGCGCCGUGGUGGACGAGGUGUACAUGAGGGACACGUUCCGUGCCAAGCCCUUCAUCGACUACAUUUCGGCGCUGGGGAGGAGCCCGCUGGCCGGCGCCGAUCGUCUCGACCUUGCCACCGCCAUGGCACAGCUCAGGUCAUUCAACCGGUUGAGGUGUCCAAUGGAGCUCCCUGAGUUUGUCAUCUACCAGGGGAUUGAGGACGUUGCUGCUGCUGUUGCUCCUGAGGCUGAGGCUGAGGCUGAUGCUGAUGUGGCAGCAACAUCGCCGCAGACAAAGAGGAAGAGGACGGAGGAGAAGGGCGGCGAUGCUCCGACCAAGGAGGAGAAGAAAUCGAGGAGGCGUGGCGAGAGCUCGUCGCCCAAGAGAGAUACUGCUGCAAAGGAACCAGAAGUGGCCAUUGAUGUUGAGAACAGCACUCCUAUGCCCAUGGACAGGAUCAUGGACACCUCCGAAGAUGCAGCGGAUAAGGGAGAAGCUCCUGCAAACAAAGAUGCUGACAUGGUUGUUGAGGACACCCCUCCUAUGCCCAGUACCAAGCAAAGGAAGUCAAAGAGAGGUAGCAAGGCUUCAGCUGAGAAAAAGAAGAAAGACACCCCCAAAGACACUGCAGAUAAGGGCGAGUCUCUGCCAGAGGCAGAGCCUGCCAAAGAAGAUGAUGUGAAUGAGGACAGCUCUAUGCCGAGUGUGGAGGCGACAGAUGAUACAUUGAGCAAGCAAAGGAAGUCGAAGAGAGUUAGCAAGAGUGCAGCAGAGAGCAAGAAGAAAGACGCCUCCAAAGACACGGCAGAUAAGGGCGAGUCUCUACCAGAGGCAGAGCCUGCAAAACAAGAUGAUGUGGAUGAGGACAGCUCUAUGCCCAGCAGCGGGGCGGCAGAUGAUAUGUCGAGCAAGGGAAGUAAGUCAAAGAGAGCUACUAGGAGUUCAGCAAAGACGAAGAAGAACGACACCUCCAAGGACACAGACAAGACAGACUUUGUAACUGAGCCUGCAAAGGAAGUGGCCGAGAACGAGGACAGCUCUAUGCCCAGUUCAGAGGCGGCAGAUGAUACAGUGAGCAAGGGAAGAAAGUCAAAGAAAAGUAAGGGUUCGGCAAAGACGAAGAAGAAAGAUGCAGAUAAGAAAGAGUCUCUACCAGAGCCUGCAAAGGAAGUUGCCGAGAAUGAGGACAGCUCUAUGCCCAGUGCAGAGGCGACAGAUGAUACAGUGAGCAAGGGAAGAAAGUCAAAGAAAAGUAAAGGUUCGGCAAAGACGAAGCAGAAAGAUGCAGAUAAGAAUGAGUCUCUACCAGAGCCUGCAAAGGAAGGUGCUGAGAAUGAGGACAGCUCUAUGCGCAGUACGAGGUCGGCAAAGAAGAAGAAGAAAGACGCAGGUAAGGAGUCUCUGCAAGAGCCUGCAAAGGAAAAGGCCACUGGUGAUGGCAGUUCAACGCCGAGUAGAGGGGCGGCAGAUGAUACACCGAGCAAGAAAAGGAAGUCCAGUAAGAAGAGUUCAGCCAGGAACAGGAUCAUAGACACGUCCAUGGAUGCGAUGGAUGGCAUUUUGAGUGAGAGAAAAUCAGGGCGUAGGCUAAGGUCCAGCCACAAGAUUGUAGAGGCUUUGGAGGUUAUGAAAUGGCCGAGGAAGAAGGAUGCUGGUGAAACCACAAAGGUAAAAGAUAAAGAUGCUACUUUGCCCAAGGAGAACGAUCUAGGGCGUAGGGCGGGCUCUGCACGCCACAAGGAUAAAACCACAAUCACAAAGGAUGGGGAUGGACUUACAGUUUCUCCUCUCAAGAAAAGGUUGCACCUUGAUGUACUCUCAGCAACAGAGAAUCCGCCCUUCGCAGUCUCAGAGCUUGGCAGGAAGAAGAAGACGCUUAUUGAACUUCUGGCAGAGACAGCUACCCCUAACCCUUCAGCAGGUGGUAAGAGCAAGGCUCGAGCUGAGCGCCCCUUGCCUUCUUCAGUCCUGAAACCUGAGGCUACACCGAACACCAGAGGGAAGCGUUCUUUGCCUGCUUCUACUGAGACACCUGAGGAUCCAGGCCGUGAUAAGGAUACAAUGAAGACCAGAGAGAAGCGUUCUGUGGCCGCAUCAACCGAGAAACCUGAGCGUGAUACGAGAAGUACAUUGAAGUCUAGAGGAAAAAGUUCUUUGCCUUCUUCCGCCGAGGAACCUGAGGACCCAGACCGUGAUAAAAAUGAUACACUGAAGACUAGAGGGAAGCGUUCUUUGCCUGCAUCAGCGGAGAAACGUCAGGAUCCUGACCGCGGCACAAAGGGUACAGCAAAGACUAGGGGUAAACGCUCUCUGCCUGAAUCAACUGAGGAUCCUGACCGUGUUACAAAGGGUACAGCGAAGACUAAGGGGACAAGUUCUCUGCCUGAAUCAACUGAGGAACCAGAGGAUCCUGAUAACCUUGUUAUGAAGGAUUCAAUGCACACCAGGAAACGAAAGAAGCUCGACACAUUGGGGGAUUUGUCUUCCCAGCCACAGCCUGUUUCUCCCAAGGGUUCCACGAAAGCUCGAGAAGUGAAGCGCAAAGCUGCUGGGCAGAAGUCACAGGCAUCUCCUGUUGUCAAAGCCAAUGGUGGCAUAUCAGGCGAUACGUCUUCCAAGAGGUCCGCAAGGCGCAAAGCUGCUGAACCGAAGCCACAGGAAACCCCUGUUGUCAAAGCUAACGGUGAAGCUUCUCAGACGAGAUCGCGUAGGGCCAAAAACAGUGAAGUGACUGUUCCAGACAAGUCUCCACGCUCUGUUAAGCUGGAUAAGGGCAAGAAAGGUGCCGUGGCAGAAGACUCACCGUCUUGUGGUGAAAUGCUGUCACAGCUGUGUGUCGGAGCAAGUGAUGCUGAGAAGAUGGGGAAGAUCGCCCCUACAAGCGCUAGCUUCUUGACUGAUUUCCUGAAGAGCGCUCGUGCCUGUACUUCUGAUGUGGAGGAGGCAGCCAACACAGACUGCCGUGCUUCUAGUCCCGAUGCUGACGAGGAGAUACCUGAGAAGGCAGCAGCAGACAAAGUUUCUAGUCCCAAUGCUGACGAAGAGAUGCCUGAGGAAGCAGCAGCAGACGAAAUUUCUAGUCCUCAUGCUGUCGAGGAGAUACCUGAGAAGGCAACAGACAAUGUUUCUAGUCCUCAUGCUGACUUGGAGGUGCCAGAGGAGGCUGCAGACAAAGUGUCUAGUCCUCAUGCUGACGAUGAGGUGAUACCUGAGGAGGCAGCAGGCAAAGUGUCUAGUCCCAGUGCCGAUGAGGUGAUACCUGAGGAGGCAGCAGAGAAAGUUUCUAGUCCCAAUGCUGAUGAGGUGAUACCCGAGAAGGCAGCAAAUGAAGUUUCCAGUGUCCCUGCUGAUGAGGCGAUGAUACCUGAGAAGGCAGCAGAGAAAGUUUCUAGUCCUAAUGCUGAUGAGGCGAUACCUGAGGAGGCAGCAGACAAAGUUUCUAGUCCCCAUGCUGAUGAGGCGAUACCUGAGAAGGCAGCAGAUGAAGUUUCACUUGCCCCUGCCGACGCGGAGACACUUUUGAAGGUAAAAGAGGAAGUUUCUAGUCCCCUUGCUGACGAGGAGACACUUGAGAAGGCAACAACAGAGAAAGUUUCUAGUGCCACUGCCGACGAGGAGACACUUGAGACGGCAGCAACAGAGAAAGUUUCUAGUGCCCCUGCCGACGAGGAGACACCUGAGACGGCAGCAACAGAGAAAAUUUCUGAUGCCCCUGCCGGUGAGGAGACACUUGAGAAGGUAAAAGAGGAAGUUUCUAGUCCGCUUGCUGAUGAGGUGAUACCUGAGAAGACGGCAGAGAAAGUUUCUAGUCCCCCCCAUGCUGAUGAGGCGAUACCUGAGAAGGCAGCAGAUGAAGUUUCUAGCCCCCCUGCCGACGUGGAGACACCUGAGAAGGCAACAGAGAAAGUUUCUUGCCCCCCUGCCGACAAGGGGAUAGCUGAGAAGCCAGCAGAGAAAGUGUCUAGUCCUCAUGCUGAAGCAGAGAUGUCUGAGAAGGCAGCAGACAAAGUGUCUAGUCCUCAUGCUGAAGCAGAGAUGUCUGGGAAGGCAGCAGACAAAGCUCCCAGUCCUCAUGCUGAAGCAGAGAUGUCUGAGAAGGCAGCAAGGAGCUCCCCUGCUCCGUCAGAGCCGCCGGUGGCGGGUGAUCAUAUGAAGGACGAUUACUGGGCUGACAUUCUCAUAAACGUGGAAGAACCGCUGUCUAGUCAGGCAAAGAAGAAGGACAAGGGCAAGAUGAGAUCAAGCAAGAAGCAGCGGCGUGACGACGAGAUGAAGCAAGAUGAGAUGCCCGCGGAGGAAGCAAAGGCCGAAAGCCAGCAAGACAAGGCAGAGGCAGAGAACGGGAAGGCGAACGGGGCGGAGGAGGACGCGUCGCUGACGGGGCUGGUGCUGCACUUCAGCAAGCCGGGCGUGGUGCCCUCGCGCGGCGACCUCAUCGACAUCUUCAGCCAGUACGGGCCCGUGAGCGAGGCGAGGACGGAGACGGACGAGCACUCGAGCUCAGCCCAGGUGGUGUUCAGGCGGCGCGCGGACGCGGAGGCGGCGUUCGGCGGUGCGGGCAAGAUCGCCGCCCUCAGGCCUGGCCUCGACAGCUUCCGCCUCACCGACUUCCCGUGCGCCGCCGCCGCCGCUGCGUUCCGGGGUGACGACGGGCCGAAGCAGGAGUGAACAGGGCUGCUGGAGGUGGAGGAGAGAGGUGAAUGAGGAGUGGAGGUGUUUGUUAUGUAGGUGGUGGUAGCUUUCUGUUGGUGUUAAAAGGAGGAGUAAGAGGAGUAAGAAAGCAAGCAUUGUGGCUUGCUGGUGUCUUUUUGGAGGCGGUGGCAUGGCAUGGCAUGGCAUGCUCCCUGGAUGCUGAUGCUGAUGCUGAUGCUGAUGCUGAGAGGUGUUUGUUAUUUAGUAAGAUGUAAAAAGAGUUAUGGCAUGCAUGGUUGCAUCUGAGGACUGGAUGCAUGUUGGUGUGAAAACCUGAUGACUUUGUUGGUACCUGAAAGUCUGUCUGUGCUGUGUGGUUGAAAUUCUGUGGUCAGUAGUUAA